CAAUCUUUGAUUUUUGACUCCUGUGUCAAUCAAGUGAUCAGAGUCCAUGGCCCGUAAACCUCAGGCGCCGACCAAAUCGCACGGGAAGGACAUUCGUGGCUUCUUCGGUGGCCCAGCGGCUGCAAGCAGCUCUCAGGGUGCAUCUCAAGCCACAAACGCAUCGCGGCACAAGAAUGAGACGGUCAAGGCGAAGGCAACUAUAGAGUUUAGCGACGACGAGGAGCCGAAGAAGAAACCGACGUCCCCCAAGAAGCCCGCACCCACUAAGAUAGCUGCGAAGCCGCAGGUGCAGAAGCUGAAGAGCGAAGAGGUCAUGGAAAUUGAUGACGAUGACGACGAGCCAGUUCGCGUCCAACCCGUGAAACGCAAGAAGGCAGCAAUAGUCGAGUCGAGCGACGAAGAGGACAUGGCCAGGGAGUCCCCGCCAAAGAAGAAGCCGGCCGUAGCGGCCCCGUCCGCAUCUAAACCCCGUGCAAGUACAUCGGCGGUGAAGCCCGAGCCCAAGGCGAAGGAGACGAAACCCACGAAGCAGUCCACACCGCGCAAGGCCCCCGCGCCUCGAAAGGCCGCGCCCGCUCGCAAGAAGGCUAAAGACGACGAUUUCAUUGCAUCUUCUGAGGAGGACGAUAACGAUGGCGAGUUCAAGUUAGAUGACGACGACGAAGAGAUAGUACAGAAGGGCAAGAGCAAGCCCAGCGCGAAGAAGACUCCCGCGAAACCAACGCCUGCAAAGUCUUCAACCAAGGUUAAGGCCGAGGGAGCGGACAAACCAACGAAGGCCGCAGAGAAGAAACCUGUGAAGGAUGCGGAAAAGAAGUCGACACCUGCGGAGGCCAAGGUGGAUGACGCCAGUGUGAAGAAGCCGAAUUGGUAUGCGAUGAAAGCCUCACGCGCGGCAGGUCCUUCAAAUCCAGGCUCGAAGGAGAUUCCAGUCCCGAAGGACCCCAACUGUCUUGCGGGACUUAGCUUCGUGUUCACAGGCGAGCUCAGCAGCCUUGCGCGCGAAGAGGCAGUCGAGCUGGCGAAACGCUAUGGCGGGCGAGUCGUCGGCCAGCCUUCCUCAAAGACUUCCUACGUAGUUCUCGGAUCGGACGCUGGCCCAAGCAAGCUGAAGGCGAUCGAGAAAAACAAGCUGAAGACGCUCGAUGAGGACGGCUUUCUGAAUCUCAUCGCGACGCGCGUGGUUGACGAGAGCGCACUCGACGACAAGGCUCGCAAGAAAAUUGAGAAGGAGAAGGAGGCGAUCCGCGAUAGCGCGAAAGAGAUGGAGCGCCGUGAGAAGCAAACGGCGAAGACGACUGCCGGCACUAGCGCGAAGCCCGCUGCGAGCAACCAGCUAUGGACCCAACGGUAUGCACCGCAGACGCUCAAGGAGAUCUGCGGAAACAAGGGUCAAGUUGAGAAACUGCAGGAAUGGCUGGGAAGCUGGUCAGGGAGCCUUCAGUGUGGAUUCAAAAAGCCUGGCAAGAAUGGUAUGAAUAUAUACCGUGCGGUCAUGGUAACGGGCCCGCCUGGAAUAGGGAAGACGACGAGCGCCCAUCUGUGUGCCAAGCUGGCUGGCUUCACGCCCAUCGAGUUGAAUGCUAGCGACGCGCGCAGCAAGAAACUCGUUGAGAACAGUACGAACAUCAUGAAUGCAUCCUUGGACGGGUGGAUGCACGGUGGGCAUGCGACGAACGCUGUGGGCAUGACAAUCACAGACAAGUCCUGCUUAAUCAUGGAUGAAGUGGACGGUAUGUCCGCGGGUGACCGAGGCGGCGUCGGUGCGCUGUGCGCUCUUAUCAAGAAAACCAAGAUACCAAUCAUCUGCAUUGCAAAUGAUCGCGGCGCGCAGAAACUGAAGCCGCUGACCAAUGUCACGUUCAAUCUUUCUUACAGGAGGCCUGAGGCUACCGCUAUCCGGUCGAGAAUCCUCAGUAUAGCGUUCAAAGAGAAGCUGAAGAUCCCUGCGAACGUGAUAGACCAGCUCGUUCAGGGUGCACAGUCCGACAUCCGCCAAGUCCUGAACAUGCUUUCGACGUGGAAGCUGUCAAACACCGAAAUGGACUUCGAUGAGGGCAAGACGCUCGUCAAGAUGAACGAAAAGUAUACGGUGAUGACGCCCUUCGGUGUGAUCAACAAGAUGCUAGGGCCACAGAUGUUCUCCCCCACAUCGCGUGAGACGCUCGGCGACAAGAUCGAGCUAUACUUCCACGAUCCGUCGUUCGUGCCUCUUUUCAUGCAGGAGAACUACUUGAAGACUCAACCUUCUCGUAUCCGGAAUACGGAUGGCCCCGAGAAGACCUUGAAACAUCUCGAGCUCAUGUACAAGGCGGCGGAGUCACUCUCGGACGGUGACAUCGUUGACAGUUUGAUCCACGGACCUAACCAGUACUGGUCACUCAUGCCAUUGCAUGCAGUCUGCUCAACAGUCCGCCCUGCAUCCUUCCUGUACGGGAUGGGCGCCGGCUAUGGUGGUCCGAACGCCAUGAGCUUCCCUCAAUGGCUCGGGCAGAAUUCGAAGCAGAGCAAGCUGAGCCGGCAGCUGACUGACGUGCAGGCCCGGAUGCGACUAAAGGUCUCGGGCGAUAAGGCUGAGAUUCGGCAGUCCUACAUCCCUUCGUUGUUCCCUCAUAUUGUGAAGCCGCUUACGGAAAAGGGCGCGAGCGCGGUGGACGAUGUGAUCGAGACCAUGGAUGAGUACUUCCUCACGCGAGAGGACUGGGAUACAAUCGUCGAGCUCGGCGUCGACGAGCGUGCAGACGCCCAUGUGCUGAAGAAGAUAUCGACUGCGACGAAGACGUCGUUCACAAAGAAGUACAACUCCCGCGACCAUCCUAUCGCGUUCCACAAGGCGGAGACGCUGGGCAAGGUUCCCAAGAAACUCGCCUCGGCCGGCCCCGCACCGGAUCUCGAGGAGGCGUUCGACAUUGACGAAGAUGUCGCUGAUGAGGCGGAAGAUGACAAGGGGAACGCUUCCGACGACGCGGCCGAGAACGACACCCUGAUCAAGAAGCCGAGAGGAAAGUCGAAAGCCACUCCCGCACCUUCGAAGGGCUCGAAGGGGAAGACCGUGAAGAAGGGCUAAACGCGGUCGUGGGGAGGGUGCGCAUCCGGGAGCCGAGGGUCGAGGCGUUGCGAUUUGGACCGGUGCGGAUAUGGUCUUGGUUUCUGUCUUGCGUUAUGUGAUUUGUACUGCGCUCAUCCUUGUAUCUUAGCCUUUGAGUCCCAUGUCGAGUCAACAGACUAUCGUAAUAUCUUCUUAAC